AUGGACAACGAUGGCCAAAAGCUGAGGGAUGCAAUCACGGCGCAUGAAAACUUGAUCGCGGACCUUCGCGUGAAGCUCGCCCCAGAGGAUCGCAAAAUGAUUGACUUGCGUCUCGCUUCUAUCCAGCUGGCCGAAGUGAAGCGAGUCGGAAGUGGGGCGGCCAACACCACGGAGUCACCAGAGCAUCUGCUGGCGGAGAACCGCCGCUCGCUACCUGUUCAACGUUAUUUGGGAGAGGCGAGCGAUAUACGCUUUUUCCACGCAGUGGAAUCCACUUUUGGUCAGCGACCUCGACCUGGCCAGCAGGACGGACCCGCUUCACAGGAGCAAGUCGACAGUUACGAGCAAGAAGGUAUCCGUCCAGGAUCUCCAGAGCAAAACCAAGGAUGUUUGCCACACAGGACGGUUGCCGACAAUCUUGUCGACAUAUACUUUUCUACGAUUCACAUUGCUUAUCCCUUCGUCUCAGAGCCGGAUUUCAGAGCAACCUAUGAGAACUUCUGGCAAUCAGAUUCCUUGGAGGGGUUUCGUGGCCCUUGGCUGUCCAUGCUAUUAACGAUAUUCGCCCUUGGUUCGUGCUAUGAAAAGGUCGCCGAGGCCGGUGAUGGGACAGCUUCGAAUUCACACAGUUCGCGUCAGGACGUACGGUAUUUCGACCACGCAGUCGCCAUCUCACAAAAGCAUACCUCGAAACGUACGGUCGAACAUGUUUGUGCCUUGCUUACUCAGUCUUUUUAUCUUUUGGCCACCUGCCAGACCGAUCGAUGCUGGAUAACACUUGGAAAGGCGGCCAGGAUCGCCCAGAGUAUCGGGCUCCAUGUGGAAGAAGGUAGUGUAAGUUGUGGCGACGCUGUCUCGUCUCACGAAACACGCCGUAGAGUCUGGUACUCUAUUUUCGUGCUCGAUCGACUGCUUGCGUUGCAAUUGGGGCGUCCUCCAUCUAUCAGCGAUGACGGUUUCAACGUCAAACUUCCAUCUCGCCAGUCGGACGAUGAUUUGACAGAACCCGGAGGUCACAACAACAGUCACCAGCAAGGCUGGGUGGGAGACUACUUCAUUGCUAUGAUCAAGUUCUCGGAGAUAUUGGGAAGAGUCUUCCAUCGUCUUUAUGGACCAAAAAGGUCCGAUGAUGGCGUUUUGACAUUAUCGAACAUCGACCUUUCAGACACUGAAUUAUUGCAGUGGCGAUCGAGUUUGCGACGGAAACUCAGAUUCGACCUCUCGCACACCUUCGAAAGCUCAAAGGUCUUCCAAAACCAGCGCAACAUGCUUGCCGUCAAGUUCUACAACCUUCGAGCGUUGAUUCAUCGACCGCUGUUAUCACUCGCCAAAACGACGGCUUCAAGCCCAAAUCAUUUGGCGUGGCGUCAAGCUGAACACCGCCGGAUCUCAAUGUCAAAACGGAAGUGCGUCAUGGCAGCGCAACAGACCGCCAAGCUCUUGCACAAUCUUGAGAACAAGAAAAGUCUCGUUUAUGGCUUUCCCUGGUGGCAGAUGAUAUCUUGUCUCAUUUGUGCCAGCUCGAUUCUUCUCGUUGCCAGCAUCUGCGUUGAUUUGAAUUCGGAGAUUGAAGUCGAGGUCUUCGAAGACAUAGACUGGUUGGCAGUGGAUGAAGAUGCUGAAGUCUGCCUGCAAGUCUUCCAGGCUCUGAGCUCUAAUUCAAAUGCCGCAAGGUUGGCGAGAGACAUGAUGCAGAGACUCAAGAAAACACGAACGAUUUCCUAUGGUGAGUUCCCGUGUCCUUUGUUCAGAUAA